GCAGCUCGGCUCCGAGAUGGACGCAGCUGCUGGCGAGUCCGCCCCGUCGUCGGCUCGCAAGAUGUCGAGGAGUUGUUCAGCGAGACUCGCGCGCCUGGCGGUGGUGCUCCUAGUCGCUUCUCUACUGACCACCGCCGACUCCUGCAGCGUGACGCAGAACGGCACCGAGAUGACGGUCGCCGUGGUGUACGCCAGCAACGCCAGCCCCAGAGACACCGUGGUGGCCACCUUCCAGUCCUCGGGCGUCACCGCCACGGCGGCAGAUAACACCUACAUUAAAGUCGGCUUCAACACCACAACAGGUGACAUAGAAUUAAUCACAACUGAAGCUUUUGAGAGCUACGAGAAAACGAAUGAAGUGUCUACUUUUGGGAUAUACAUAACGUGCACUUGCAAAGACUCUGCCAAUGCACUGUCGUUGCAGGUGAACGUGCAGCUGAACCUCACCAACAAGUACGCGCCGGUGUUCAUCUCCGACGGCGCGGAGGUCGCCGCGGCGGUUGCCCUCACGGCGGCCAUGCCCCUGCACAAGGGCUCCGUGCUGCUGGGCGGCUGCGACCGCGCGCUGCAGGCCGUCGACUACGGCCUGGACUCGAGCACCGUCAGAUUCUCCGUCAGCGACGACUGGUUCGCCGUGUCGGCCUCGCCCGCCAGCGUCGGGCCCAGCGGCAAGCCGGGCUACGAGGUCAAGGUCACCACGGCGCGCCUGCUCGACCUGGAGGAGCCGCGGGUCUUCACACUCACCGCCACGGACGGCGGGUCGCCUCCCAGGAGCACGGAGCUGAAGAUCACCGUGACGCCCGACGCGGCACAGAGCACGCCGCCCAGCCCGUGGUUCGAGCAGCCCGUCUACACGGCGGAGCUGACCGAGUCGAUGUCGUCUGGCGAUGAGCUCACAUUCAACACUGGUAUAACUAUUUCUGAAGGAUAUGACAGUGCCAUGAAGAUUUCUCUGGAGACAACCGACAGCACUGAUUGGAGCUCAAUGUUUUCUGUACACCACAGUAGCAAAAGUGUGCAGAUAAGAUUGGCGCAAAAUCUUACCGAAGAAUUAUUGAAGAAACCUUUUGUCGCUUUCAUACUAAAGGCCAACCGUGACAAUGCCUUGAAGGAGGGCAGGACAGUUAUUCUUCUGACGCUGCCAGGAAGCAAGCCUAUCACCACCACAACGAGCACUACGAUUACCACUACAAGUUGUCCAACGACGGUGACAGAAAGCACGGCGGCUUCGACAACACAAAGCUCCACCACGUGUUACACAGAUUGCUCCCUGUGCACAUCACUCAACCCCACACGUACGACGAAGAUCACUUCCCCAACAGGAGGCAGUAAGACAGUUGGCAGUCUUGGCACUACGCCCAUGACGCCCGGUGGGGCAACGACCACGCAGACGCCGGACUGUUCACUGUGCCCAGCUUCGUCACCUUCCAGCCCAACGGCAUCAGGUAGUUCCGUUGUAAGUUCCACAGUCUGCCCGCCUUGCCCAACAGCAACUACCGACUGCCCAGUAACAUCAGGCAAUAGCACGGACUGCUCACACUGUCCUACAGUAGCUACUGAAUGUCCAGCGACAUCAAGCAGUAAAACUACUCCAUGUCCCACGGACUGCUCACAGUGUCCGACUUCGGAAAGUUCCACGAAGCCUGGUGCGUCCACCCAGUGUCCUACAGACUGUUCGCAGUGUCCAACAGUAGCUACUGAAUGUCCAGCGACAUCAAGCAGUAAAUCUACUCCGUGUCCCACGGACUGCUCACAGUGUCCAACCUCGGAAAGUUCCACGAAGCCUGGUGCGUCCACCCAGUGUCCUACAGACUGUUCGCAGUGUCCAACAGUAGCUACUGAAUGUCCAGCGACAUCAAGCAGUAAAUCUACUCCGUGUCCCACGGACUGCUCACAGUGUCCGACCUCGGAAAGUUCCACGAAGCCUGGUGCGUCCACCCUGUCUCCUACAGAUUGUUCACAGUGUCCAACAGUAGCUACUGAAUGUCCAGCGACAUCAAGCAGUAACACUACUCCAUGCCACAUGAGCUGCUCACAGUGUCCAGCGUCUGAGUGUUCAACGAUAGCGGGUUCAUCUACUGUACCUACUACUGAAUGUCCUCCGUGCCCAGCAGGUAACUCCAGUUCAUGCACUACAGACUGUUCAAAGUGCCAACCAUCAACUACUGUCUACCCAGGGACCGGAAUUACUUCCGUACUGACAUCAACAAUCUGCCCACCGUGUUCAACGGCAACAACUGAAUGUCCAACGACUUCAGUAAGUUCCGUGCCAUGUCCUACAAAUUGUUCGCAGUGCCCAAUAAUAACAACUGAAUGUCCUACAACAUCAAGCAGUAGCUCCACGUCAUGCCCCACGGACUGCUCAACGUGUCCAGCUUCGGAGUGUUCAACUGCAGCGGGUGCAUCUACCACACUCUUUACAGAAUGUCCACAAUGUCCACAAUGUCCGACGGUCUCAGCAACAGCAUGCCCGCCAACGGUGAGCGGCACAGCAACUUGCCCACCUUGUCCGACGGCAGAGGUCGGGACCACUGUCGGCACCACAUCGACCCAGUCGUCAGUACCGACAGAGACUACCUCUGCAUCGUCCACGGUGACGGCGCCCGCGCGGCUGGUGAGGUUCAACAGCUCGCUGUACGAGUUCUCCGGCAGCUGGCCUUGCCACGGCCCUCACUUGGUCCUGGGUCGCGUCGAGGCCUCCGUCGUCGGCGGCGUCGGCAGCCCCGCCUACAGCCUCGAGGGCGCCCCUGAUUCCGUGAAGAUAGACAACGCAACAGGUGUCUUGACACUUCAGCGGCCACUUGUGCCUAAAUUUUACCAUUUCAAGGUCGUCGCAGAGUGGAAUAACAGCAGAGACGAGGCCACGGUGGCGGUGGCUGUGUUCAACCUGCAGUCCUGCGCAGCCAACAGCACCGGCCUGCAGUACGUCUUCGUGAUCGCCGACUUCGACGAGGAGAGCGAGCACAGCAUCUCCGGCGCGCAGCUGCUCAACGAGACGAGCUGCGUUUGGGCCAAAGUCAGCGAGGAUCCGCCCGACAGGAACUUCUUCGACGUGGCGAGCGACGGCGCCGUGUCCACGAAGGGCAUCGACCGCGAGGACGCGGUGUUCGCCGGCAGGAACCUGUCCGAGGUGCUGCUGACGGUGAACGUGACCUGCGACGGCCAGCAGGACGAGGUCUCGGCGCCGGAGGACUCGUCGGACCCGACCAAGGCCUGGUACCCGCUGAAGAACCUGAGGACCAGCUCCAGGGAGGUCUCGUACCUGGCCGUGGUGAACGACAUCAACGACAACAGGCCGCAGUUCGAGGAGGGCGCCUCGCUGGUGGUCGGCUACCCCGACGAGCAGCUCGCGAGGCAGCUGGCGCCCCGGUCGCUCGUCACGGUCCACGCGACGGACAAGGACGAGGGUCUGAACGCCUACGUGCGGUACGAGAUCGCGGGAGACGGCGGCAACCAGUUCGUGGUCCACCCGCACUCGGGCGCCGUGUACCCGGCCGAGAGCGGCUUCCAGUUCCGCGACACGGGCUUCCAGGUGCUGGCCAGGGACCGCGACGGCGCGGCCGGCUGCCUGCAGUCCGACCCGCUCUCCGUGCAGGUGCGGAUGCUGGGCUCGCGGCACGUGACGGUGCUGACCGUGGAGGACCGCCUGGUGGAGGACUCGGACGCCGUGCUGGGCCAGCUGCGCGCCGGCUCGGGGCUGGACGUGAAGCUGCUGGCGGCCGCCGUGCUGCCCUCGGCCGCCACCAGGUCGAGGCUCGCCGCGCGGCCCGGGUCGCUGCUGCGCCUCGUUGCCUACGCCCUCAACUCCUCCGACCACACACCAGUGCCCUUCUCCGACCUCAAGAAGACGCUGGACGGCGCCAGCCUGGGCUUCAAGUGGGGCAUCUCGCAGCUGGCCGACCCCGGCUCCGCCACGACCCUGGCCUCGGGCGCCGACAGCUCCGGGCUUGUGGCGGCUGUGGCUACACUCGGGGUGCUGCUGGCCUUAGCCGUGGCGGCCGUCCUCGGCGGCACCUACUUCUUCAUCAUCAGGCGUAGAAGAGGUUCAAGCGAAGGUUCUUACGACAACAUCAUACGGGCCGAUAGCAGCGAUUCGCCCACGCUGAACGAGCCGCCCAUGUCGGCCUACGAGGCCAACAUCAUGGUGGCGUACAACGAGCAGCUCAACAAGUACGACGGCCAGCAGCGAGGCCCGCCCUUGGACGGCACCGAGGAGGAGGAGGAGGAGGGGGAGGAGGGGGAGGCGCCGCCCAGGAAGUCGGUCGCCUUCAGUCCGACCGUGGACCGCAUCGGCGACGACGAGUCUGACGUGGACGUGAUCCGGCUGUGAGGAUACUUCCUCCGAGCCUGGUUCCUCGGAUCAACUUCCAGCUAUUUCUGUUGACCGGUCCUGAAUCGUCCCGACACCCCUUAAACAAUCGCUGACGCAGUCUUUCGUGAAGUCAGUGCUGUCCACUUCCACGCACCCCCAUCAGUACCAGUGGCGGAUCCAAGGAGGGGGCACCAGGGUUAAGUGCCUCCCCCCCCCCCGAAAAAAACCGGUUGUCUGCUACAUUAAUAUUGCCGAAAAUAAUUUUUUUGUUUCUGAAACCAAUAAAAUAUUUUAAUAUAAUUAAUGAAUUUCUUGUAGAAUCAUAAAAUCUGCUGGUUGGAUGUUGUGUGUAGUGUGAGUAGAUUAAAUACAAAUUUAGUGAUUUUAAGACAUUUUUUCUCUGGCUACUCUGAAAUCCUCUGGAUCCGCCACUGAUCAGUACACUGUAAAAAAUAACGUUCGCACUUUUAAGAAGAUAGUCCUUGGAAACUCAGUUACGAACUUUAUCACUCGUAAAUUUUUCAAGGCGGAGCUUUGUAGAUACCAUUAAGCAAAUUUACAAAGCUAUGCCUUGAAGUUUUUGCAAGUGAUAUCGUUUGGCAACUGAGUUUCCAAAGGAUUUUCCUUGUAAAACCUUUAAAAAAAUGUUUUACAAUGUAAUCACGUUUAUGCGUACAAUUCGACAAUUGGUUCGUAAACGCUAUCACAUUUAUGCCAGGUUUUAGACUCGACGAAAAUAUAUAACACUGCUUAUAUACAUUGACCAGAUAAUCCAUCAGGUUUGCAAACCAAUUAAUUAUUAAAAAGAUAAAAUAAUUAUCAGGAUUCAAUUUUAUGCCUGGUGAAUACUUCAACUUAAACCUUACUAGAAGAGAUACAUGAGCGAUAUUUAUAGUACUAAACGUGAUUUUGAGUCGUCCUUAUUUUUCUCAGAUUUCUUAAUGAAUACAUAAUACUCUGUAGUUCCCUAACUGGACGUCUAUAUCAUUCAUCAGUCUUGCUGUAUAGCACAUUUAUAUGUUUAUACUUUCAAAUACAACCAUCCCUUAAGUAAUUUUAACUGACGCGUGUAUCAGUUGGAGUUACCGUUUGUGAACAAAGCGCAGCUUUCGAAAGUUCUAUUGGCAAGCUGUAAGCCAAUGUAGGAGUCAUGCACAGAAGACGGUAUCAGUCUUUAUUAUCGUUAGUUCGCGAGUCUAGCGAGAGGAGCGCUGCGUGUGGCUGCGCGCCUUAUGCUGAGGCGCUGAUCGCUGUCCGUUCUAAUCCAAGCAAUGUACUGAACAACCUACUCGAGCGUCAGAGACACGAGGUAUUAGUCACAUUGUUAUGUUUCGUCUACCCAACAGAAGAACUAAAUGUUGAAAAUCCAGAAAAAAAAUCAGGGUUUUAAUUUUAUUGUGUUAUUUUAAAAAAAAAAAAAAUACUUGUAAGGAAAGUUUUCAUGAAACAGGUUAUUUGACGUGUCUCUCUAUAAAAGAACAUUCCUGAAGACAAAGCACGACAUAAUUUGUAGAGUUUAUCCAAACAAAACGAAACUGCAACAGGUUCUUUCUGCAGUACUUGUUUAUGGUAAUACUUAUAUAUAGUAAAGCUUAUAAUUCUCAUGUUGAAAACUGGUAUUUUACUAAUUUACUAAGGAUUUUUAAGUCAUGUCUAAACGUUUCUACCAUGCAGACUUCCUGUGCACUUUGAAGUAAGGCUAUACCUUCUAAGUCAGCUUUGAAAAAGUCAACCCACUUGUGAAAAUUGCUAUAAUUUCUGGACAUUAAAGCUUGUAUUCCUGUUUCGUGCAGCGAUAGUUUUAGUAUCUGCUAUAUGGGGAUAAAUGUUAAAUAUACUUAAAAGACUUGUGCCGAGUUCAAAUUAAUAUGUAGCAUCGAGUAACGUUGAAUUAUUGUUUAACUAUUAGCUUUCAAAAAUUGUAUUUGUAAAUAUAAUUGUCAUAGUUUUUUAUUUGUGUUCUUCAGAGUUGUAAAUAAUAACCUAAAGAAUAUGUACCACACCAUAAUAAUUAUAUAAGCUUCAAUGUUAUUGUGUGUUCGUUGUUUGUACAUGUCAGUCAUCGACAGUUAAGUGUCUGUAAAUUUAUUUUAUAUUUUUUAAAAAUAUUAUCUGUUCAAUAAAAUAUAAUAACUUAAA